AUGUGAUUAUAUCUGUCUACUUACUCCACUUUUAUUAUGUGCAGGAUAUUUUAUCCAUACUGAUUAUGAUUGUGAUGAUGAUUGUCUGAUAUAAAAGCGGCAUUUCUUACUUAUGAUUCAAAAUCAGUUUGAUUUGCUCUUAUCAUUAGAGAUAUCUUUCUAGCUCAUCGAGGAGUUGAUAAGGUAGUUUUAUUCAUCGUUCAUGUUCGAUAGUCAUUCCUUUUUAUAAACAUUUUCUCGAUUAUAAUAUGAAUAGCGCAAAAUAUGCAAGGGAAGCGAUACAAGAUCGUGUGAACUUAUAUAAUGCAACUUCGAAUAUUUCAUUAUCAGGUGUAAAACCUUUACGAAGGAAAUAUACUGCCAGUGCACCUAUCACAGAAACACCAUUAACAAACAGUCCCUCGAGCAUCUUGCCAUGUGCACCUUUGGAAACUGAUGGGGAAGGUAACUUUAUCCAUAGUACCAGUGGCAGAAAAAUCAUUUUGAAGGGUAUAAAUCUUGAUGCUGCUAUGAAGUUACCUACAAGUCCAGCUUUACCUAGUUUUAAAGGAGACUGUACUGAUGGAGAUAAUGUAUUCUUCGAUGGAGAUAAUGUCACAUUUGUGGGUCGUCCUUUUCCUCUAGAAGAGGCUCAACAGCAUAUACUAAGAAUAAAAUCUUGGGGUUAUAACACGAUAAGGUAUUUAUUGACCUGGGAAGCUAUAGAACAUGCGGGUCCUGGUAAGUAUGAUGACAAAUUUAUCGAUUAUACUCUAAAGAUUUUAAAAAUCAUUCAUGAGGUUGGUGGAGUUUAUGUAUUUCUUGAGUUUCAUCAAGAUGUGUGGUCUAGAUUUAGUGGAGGUAGUGGAGCUCCAUUAUGGACUUUAUAUGCCGCUGGUUUGCAACCAACAAGGUUUGCUCAAACUGAGGCUGCCAUUUUGCAUAAUGAACCUCGAUUUCAUCGUGAGGAGAAUCCAGAAGAGUAUAUAAAGAUGCUUUGGACAUCAAAUUAUAAACGUUUAGCAGCAAUGACCAUGUUUACUUUAUUCUUUGCCGGUAAGAACUACUUUCCUUAUUUGAAAAUCAAUGGUGUAAAUAUUCAAGAUUAUUUGCAAGAUCAUUUUUUUAAUUGUACUAAACAUAUUUGGACAGCUAUCAAUAGACGAUUACCUCAAAUGAUUAAAGAUGGUACCAUAUUAGGUUUUGAACUGAUGAACGAACCAAAUUGUGGUUUGAUGGGUCAUGCUCAUUUGGGUGAAUUACCCGCUAGUCAACAAUUAAGACUUGGAACAACUCCUACUGUAUAUCAAGCAUUUAAACUUGGAAUGGGUCUUCCGGCAAAAGUAGAUGAAUAUAGAAUAUCUAUUACUGGUCCUCAAGUCUACGGUACAAAGAUCGUUGAUCCUAAAGGUGCGAGAGCUUGGCUUUUACCAGAAGAAGCACUCAUCGUCGAUAAGAAAUAUGGCUGGACUAGAGAUCCAAAAUGGGUUCUCGGCACCUGUAUAUUUGCCAAUGAAGGUAUUUGGACCUGGGAUGAAGAUGUUGAUUUGGAUUUAUUACCUUCUUUGACUGAAGAAGAAAGAACCAAUAUAAGUAUUAGGAAAUGUCAUUUGGAGAAACCAAAUUUCUUUAAUCAAGCCAGUGCUAGGCAUAAUUUAAAUGGAUACCCUAAAACUGUUGAUAUUCAAUAUUUCAAUCAUAAUAAUUUCAUUGAUUUCUAUUUAAAGCUUAAAACUAUCGUUAGAGCAAUUGCUCCUAAUGCCUUUGUGUUAAUGCAACCUCCAGUGUUGGAAAUCCCACCAAAUGUUAAAGAUGAUGUUCGAAAGAUUGUUGAUUCCAAGACAGUUUAUUGUCCUCAUUAUUACGAUGGGAUGUCUUUAAUGUUUAAAACUUGGAAUUCUAAAUUCAAUGUCGAUACCUUAGGAAUCAUGAGAGGAAAAUAUAUCAAUCCUGUAUUGGGUAUUGUAUUUGGUGAGAAUGCUAUUAGAAAUUGUAUUAAGAAGCAAUUCAUGGAAAUAAGAAAGGAAUGUGAUGAUAAUCUUGGCAAAAUACCCACCUUGAUGUCAGAAACAGGUAUGCCAUUUGAUAUGGAUGAUAAAAGGGCAUAUACCAAUGGGAAAUACUAUUUGCAAACUGCUGCAUUAGAUGCAUUGAGUUAUGCAUUAGAAAGUCUGAAUAUGUCCCAUACUUAUUGGUGUUAUUCAAGUUCCAAUUGUCAUGAAUGGGGAGAUAGAUGGAAUAACGAAGAUUUUUCAUUUUGGUCUCCUGAUGAUAGAAAUUUACAAUUUGAUGAAGACAAUGAAAAUGCUAGUUUGUUCCAAAGAUCACAAACUUCAAUCAAUUACACCAGAGCUACGAUCAAAUCAACUAUCAAGCUCAUUCGAGCUAAAAGACUCGAAUACACUGCAGCUAGUUUGAGACGUCCUCGCAGAGCCAGUACAAGAAUGUCUAAAACAAGAUCAGGUCAGUCUGAUAUUAGUCAAACUGAUUCCAUUGAUAGUCAACCACAAUAUAAAGAUGACGAGGAUGAAUCAACAGAUACUGCAUCACUUAUAUCAAGUACUACUGAGAAUGUUCAAGCCAAGCAUAAUCGAAAAUGUUAUCCUUCCCCUGAUGGUGUCAGAGCCGUUAGUGCGGUGGUUAGACCGUAUGUGGUAGCAACUAAAGGUGAAGUUCUUGUCUCUGAAUUCGAUAUUAGAAGUGUCAAAUAUGCAGUUUCAGUUGAAAUCGAUAAAGAGAAAUCAUUGAAUAAACCAACUGUUAUCUUUGUACCUAAAUGGCAUUUCCCAUUUUUAAAUUAUGGAGAUAUAUUUUUAACAUCGGGAUAUAUCAAAUAUAAUGAAGAGUUAGAGUAUUUAGAAUGGUAUCAUCAAGAUGAUCCUGAUCUUGUCAUUAGUGAAGAAGAGGCAUCUGCCAGUCCUGAACCUGGGAAUUCGAAAGAAACCUUGAUCAUUAAAAACAAUAGUGGUACUUUAGAUGUAUCUAAAUUGAAUGAUGAUCAAGGACUUUUCUACAAUGGAGAACUUAAUUGUCCAAUAACUUAAUGUAUUAUGUACUUAUUUAUUUAUAUAUAUAU